AUGGAGAGAAAUUGCUCGUUUCAGCGGCUAGUUGGUGGCCAAUGCAGUCAAGACCCUCGAAGCACUAAAGUCCAAGAUUUAGUUCCCUUGCUAACUUGUAACAAAGACAUAUCGCGCCACAAAAGCUCUCUAGGGCUGAUGACCGGCAGCGGCGUAGACACUAAAGUAGAACUGAUUCUAGCAAGGUCUUCAAUUUUCAGUUUCCCUUCCAAUAUUUCUGACAUGGAUAUUUGUCCCGCUCAUCGUUCUUCGCUGGGCAUUGGGUGGCGAAGGGGUUUGGCGCGUUGCCGUAUACCAGCCCAGCUGUCGAAGCACGUCCGCAAAUCCCGUACUACGGAUCGUGGAAUCAGUAAAGACAUCUCCAGAUUAAUCUUGCGUGUUUCUGGGAUAUUUCUUCCAGUCGGCUCUGGUAAGUAUCCAUUCGAAUAAAAUCUAUAGACUGCAGUGCUACAUUACAUUUCAUAAAAGCCAAGUCACAUUCGAAAGAGCAAUGCUGAACACUAAAAUUGAAUCAUUAUUCAAUAUUUAUUAUUGUUUUAUCUUUUUUAAGGAAUGUGUAGUGAAUGUAGGAUAACUCUUGGAGAACAGGUCAGAGCCGAUUGCCAAGACCCACAACUUAUUGCCCUUUCAGAGAGUAUUCAUGAGCUUACUUUGGUAAGUUCUAGCUGUUUUGGGAGUUUCGCACAUACCACUGAUUUUAUAUGUAACUAUACACAGGAUCAAAGUCUGAAUUUCAUUGAGUUACCAUAAAACUCUGAUUCUCCAUCGCCCUUUUUUAAUCAGACCCCCUAAUUAUACUUAGCGAAGCUAUUGUUAUGGUUGUUUCUAAAGAUUUUCAAUCAUUUAUGCCGCGCCUUGUUUCCUAUAUACCGUAAAUCCUCUAUUAAGCCCCCCGGGGGCUUAUUUUUUUCACGCACUUUUGAGGGGGGCUUAAUAGAGAGGGGGGAUUUAAAAGAGAGGGGGGGGCUUAUUUAAUUCAGCGAAGCGCAUCACCUGUAGCAAAAAUACCGUGGUAUGAGACAGGGUAGACUUACGCGUUGUACAAUUAAAGUCACUGUGAAAAGUAUUUAAUUCACUUGUGGGAGCCUAAAAGUAACAAACAAAAUUCUUAUUCUUCAAAACUGUGCUUUCGGCCUCAUGUUCUUUGGUAAUUUUUAUGAAUAAACCAUUAUUGAUCAGUCCACGUUAAUCGUUAAUUUUUUUGGGAAGAAUAAGGAUUGGGGGAGGGGGAGGGGGAUACUUAAUAGAGAGGGGGGCUUAUUAACUUUCCUCCUCUGAAAAGGGGGAGCUUAUUAGAGAGGGAGGGGGAGCUUAAUAGAGGAUUUACGGUAUCAACAUGGAAAAGUCUCAUGAACCGUGCGCAAUAUAACAGUUGACGUUGCUGUUCUAGGCUGAGGAGACGACUCGUACUCGUCCUGAACACGGAACCCCAGCUACUCCAGGAGAAAGCUUCUAUUUACCACCUAGCGACGACUCGUCCUCCUCUGAGGAGAUCUCCUUUGACAGCACACCAGCUACAACAAAGCCCGAACCAAAGUCCAAGACCACUGACCCACUCAAUGAUUAUUUGCGCACUCGAGGAAUCAGUCCCAUUCGUUCUCGGCUACAGCGGCCUUGGGAAGAAGCAAGUAAAAGAACACGACGCUACUACGUGCGGAAGGCAGGUCAAGGUCUAUCUACACGUUUACAAGACAUAGCUCCAAGUGAUAGUGGUUCUCUCUUCAAGGCAGUCUAUUCCUCUGGUGUCAUACAAAGAACCUUACAAUGUAAUGGAGAGGAAGCCACAAGCAGUUCAGUCGACGAAACCAUGAUGAGCGCACUCGCCGAGUGCUACCGCGCAGCCGACAGCUGGGAGACGCGUCGGCAAGUCCUGUCCAUUAUGGCUGAUAAGUUGACACUGAAUCAGCUGCGACACUGGACACCCGAUUUAUCUCAGUAUCGUUUCACUGAGGCCAGACGCCACUGCUUAGUAUAUGGAAGGGGGGCACCGGUGUUAACAGUUCCGACGCCAAGGAUGAGAGUAUCCACCACUCAAAUCGACCACUUCAUAGCGUUCAUCACUAGUCCCCAUAUUAUCCAAGAUUUGCCUUUUGGCGAAAGAACAAUCAUGUUAUCGACGAAGGAGACUAUCAAGGUUCCAAACGUCAUACGGAUGAUUAUCCCAGAGCGAAUAGUCAUCCAGUAUAUGACUUACUGCCAAGAGUCUGGGUUCACGCCACUAAGCCGCGCUACUCUUCUGCGGAUUUUGAGCACGUGCGCUGCGUCUGCUAGGACAUCGGUUCAAGGUCUCGAUUAUGUUAGUUCUGCAGGUGCGGAAGCAUUUGACGAUCUGUGUGAUGUUGUUGAAACCCUUGGAGAUGUAGGACAAGGCAUGGGGUGGGCGAAACAGCAGGAAAAUAAUCUACGCGCAAGCAAGCGGUACCUUAAAAGCGACUUUAAGGUGGGUGUGACCCCCGCUAGGCAGAUCCCUCCACCUCGCUAUGUCACUCGCCCCAGAUCU